UAACCUCCUCUGCAGUCUCAGCUCAGGGCUCUGAGAGCUCAGAUGAUCUUCGGCGUGUCAGCGCUUCAGCUUGGACUUUCAUUCUUAAAAACACGUCACCACCAGAAAGCAAGAAGAAAAGAAACAAAACAACUCAGGAACUUGAAUUCAUACUGUGUAUUUCCUGGAUGUAAAAAAAAACAGCUUUUCAGAAGAUGGUGUCUUUGAAGUGUCUAUGAUGUGAUUUAUGAUGAUGAUGAUGAUGAAGAAGAUGAUGAUGAUGAUGGAUUAUUUUCCGGAUCGGUCAUGCAUCAUGAUGUGUGUGUCCUGGACAAGCUGAGACCCAGAGACAGACAGAAGAGAGAGAGAGAGAGAGAGAGAGAGAGAGAGAAGUGUUACAUCCAUCAUGGAGCGCCUGGUGUCCAUCUGGCUGCAGUUGGAGAUCUGGGCCAUGGCUGUGCUCUUAACCAGAGGAGAAAUCCGGUGUUAUUGUGACUCUCCUCACUGUGUGGCUACCGGUUACAUGUGCAAGUCGGAGCUGAACGCCUGCUUCACGCGCAUCUUAGAUCCCCAAAGUUCCAAGUCUCCGCUCUCACACGGCUGUUACGAGCCUGGUCUUAACGGGGGAAGCGCGUGCCGUACCGGGGGUACACCUGAUGUCGUGCGCGAGCCUGAAACGCUCGCGUGCUGUCACGAGGAUAUGUGCAAUUACAGAGGGCCACAGGAUCUCACCUACGGCCGGGGAGAAAACCUGGAUCAUCGCAGUCGUCCUCAGGCUGACGGCGGACGUCAGAUAAUCGCCCGAGUGCAGGAAAUCCCCUCCUCAAAGGAAGUGUGGUUCCGUGCCGCCGUCAUUGCCGUGCCCAUCGCCGGUGGCCUCGUGCUCGUUCUCCUCAUCAUUCUGGCUCUAAGGAUGCUCCGCAGCGAGAACCAGCGCCUCAGGCAGCAGCGACGUGAGAUGCUCUCUCGCCUCCACUAUGGCUUCCACGGCCAGCAUCUGGCCAAAAGUCGCGGCACCAAACUGGACAUGGAGUGCAUGAUGCCUCUGGGAGGACACGAGAGCUGCUGUUUGACCUGCGAUAAGAUCAGACAGUCUGAUCCAAGCAGCCAGAGACUCUUAUCGCUGGUUCACUGGGGACGGCACGGUCCGAGAGGCAAACUAGAGUUGGUCUGAAACAGAUUCAGGAAUUAAUUAAAUAAACUCGAACGCAUCGUCCGUGCGUCCGUCCGUCCGGUUGCUGCUGUAGAAGCACUUUAUUUGAAUCUGACACAAGAGACUUGAAGCUGUGCUCAAGACAGACCUUUAAAAACUGGACCUCGCUAAUAACUGAAGGAUUUUUUUUUUUUCAAGAUGUGUGUUAAAGAUUUGCACUUUUGUUAUAAAGAAGAAGCGUUUGAGAAACUCAUGAACUGCUCAUGUUUCCUAAGUGUACAGAUUUGUUGGUGUAAAUAUGACAUGACACAGAA